GAUCUGUUCGCAUGAAUGCGAGUUUUUUAAAAACCGAACUGGAGUUUUUGAGGCACGUUAUCUCGACGGAAGGAGUGAAGAUUGACCCCCGCAAAAUUCAGGCGAUUCAGGAAUGGAAGCUGCCGACCAACCUCCGGGAGCUGCAAUCGUUUUUGGGGUUUCCCCUCGAGCCACCCCAGCAACCUUGGCAACAUGUGACAAUGGGUUUUGUCAUCGGCCUGCCGGCCGGACCACGUGGUAAUGACGCGGUUCUUGUCGUCGUCGACCGCCUCACGAAAAUGGCCCACUUCGCGCCAUGUCGCACGAUGAUCACAGCCGAAGAAAUAGCACGUCUUUUCAUCUCGGUCGUCGUUCGCCUGCAUGGUAUCCCUACAGCGAUCAUCAGCGACAGAGACUCGAAAUUCACUCCGCGCUUCUGGCAAGACACGUGGAACCGAUACGGCACCCACCUACAGUUUUCAUCCGCCUAUCACCCGCAAACCAACGGUCAGACAGAACGUACGAAUCAGACCAUGGAACAGUUUAUUCGAACGAAUUGUCCGGAUAUCAGCAAAAGGGAAGAUUCACUACCCAUGCUCGAGCUUCCUACAACAACACACCCUCCGCCACGACCAAUAAUUCGCCCUUCUUCCUGAAUUAUGGGUUGGAUCUGACA